AAGUUUAUUCAUAUUUCCUAUUCACAUUUUUGUUUAUGGUGCUUUUUCCAUGGCAGUACGAAUAUUUCGAUCAGUGUUUUAUUUAUUUAUCUGACUUAUUACUAAACGGCAAAUAAAGGGUAAAAAUUUCUGAAUUGAACAAAAAAACAUCAAAAUGGUUGUUUCUCCGCAAAGCCCUGCUAGCGAAACGCAAAGUGUAAAAUCUAAAAACAACAUGGCUUCCAAGCCAACACAAUCCGUAGCGGAUACUCGAGCAGAAUUAGCGGAAUUAGUUAAAAGGAAAGCUGAAGUAGCUGAAACACUUGCUAAUUUAGAACGGCAAAUAUAUGCUUUUGAAGGAUCCUACUUGGAAGACACUCAGUUAUAUGGAAAUAUUAUACGAGGUUGGGACAGAUACUUGACAACAAAUAAAAGUACCAACUCUAAAGCUGACAAAAGAAAUAGAAAAUUUAAAGAAGCUGAAAGAUUGUUUUCAAAAUCGUCUAUUACUUCUAUGGCCGCUGUUAGCGGUUUAGUUGAUGCUGCUGAAACUAAGAAUGAAAGGAAUAGUGAAACUGAAUCACAAACUAAUGAGGACUCUUCAGACACCCAAAUAAGUACAGGCUUGAGUGCAUUAAAUCAUACAACAAUUCAUGGUUCCACUGAAAGCUUAGCCUCUAAACCCUCAGGCAAGCAACAAAUAAAUGGAAGCAUAGAAAAAGUAGCAUCUAUGAUUAAACAAAGUACACCUAAAAUUGUUACGAGUGGUUUGUUACAAAAAUCAUUUACAUGUGAUUCAAAGCUAUUGUCUGGAGUUGGUCUUGAUAGUAGGCCGGGUACUCCUAAAGAGAAGGAUAUUGCUCUUGGCCUAUUGAGUAAAGGUGACUUUACACCAAAUGCUCUUAAACAUAAACUAUCUAAUAGUAGUAGUAAUAGCAAUGUUAAGAAGAAUAACAACAAAAAGGCUAGAUAUAGAUAAAAAUAUAUAUUUAUCAGUUUUAUGAAGAAAUAACAUAUUUUAGUUUCUGUGUCAGUUACUGCUGUUCUAGGAGUACAUUGUCUUUUACAUCUUGUUGAGUGUACUUUAACUGAUUCUACUAUUAUCAAUUGAUCUCAAUAUUGUCUGCUUAAAUCUUGAUUCUGGAAAUAAUAGUUGUAAUAACUGUUAAUCUUCUAUUUUAUUCUUAAUUAAACUUGUAAUUAAAAUUUAAAUUGUAUUUUUAAAAUAGUCCAUGUUAGGUAAAACAACGCAAUACUUACGUUUUAAGAUAUUUGGUAGAUCUCUAAUUGGUCCACAAAAUCUAACAGUAAUAUAAAACAGUAUUGGAAGGAAACUAAUUAACCCUGUACAAAGCAGAAAUACAACUUCAGGUGUUUUUCUUAAAACACAGCACUCAAGGGUUUUACUCCAUAUUGAUCUUGUUGCAUUCAUCUAAAAAAAAUGUAUUAAGUAAUAGUAAUAUAACCAGCGCAAUAUAUAAUAUUUCAUAAUUUUUUUAUGAUAGAUUAGCCUUAAAACUUACCGAAUCCACAAUAUCCAUACAAAUACAAUCAACACCAAUUUUGUCUUUACUUAAUGUUUUAUAAAACUCAUCCAAUUGUAAGUAAUUCUGCAUACAUUUCUCACAUACUAUAGUUUUUUCACUGGCCAUGUUUAAUACUAUACACUCCAUUGUAGCAUUAAAAAGUUUGUAAAACCUUGUUGUACUGUUUUUAACUGUAGCAGUUUCGUUUGACCAAACAAAGCAAUCUGUAAUUGUUUAAGUUUUAUUACUACUGGUGUCUUUCUUUCUAGCUCAUAAGUUGCUUUAACAAAUAAAAGUAUAUGUUGA